ACCACCACCAGCAGCAGCAGCGGCGGCGGCAUCAAGCGGCACUUGUCUGACGCACCAUCCGAAGAUGAGCGUCCCUCCUGCGGGCUGACUCCCUCGACAUCCAGCCCUUCCUCUUCCUCCUGAUCUUUGCCCGUUUUCAGGCUUCAUUCGUGGCUUUCCCCCCCCCUCCUCUUUCAUACGGCGAGGAUUGCGCACGCUUGGUUGGGAUUUUACUUGGAAGCUGAGAGAGCAUCCGCCUCCCCCCUCUUCCUCUUGUUUUUUUUUUUUUUUUUUUUGGGAGGGGGUGUAUGUGGUGUCCGUAAUUCCUCUGCACUCUGCGCUUUUUUCUUGGGAAUAUUCUGCAGCGUUUUUUUCUUCUCUCCCCACUGCGGGGGCUGCUGCGGAUUUUUUGGCGCCCUCUUCACUGGGGGCGGGAGGGGGGGAGAGGGGGGGUGACUGAAGCCAUCCAGGAGUAGCGGCACCCGGAUCGGAAGCGGCGAUGCCCACCCUGUGACUUUCGGGAUUACCCCCUAACCCGCCCCUCACCUGAGCAUGGCCCCGGCCCGGAGGGAGCGCGGCGGGCGCGCCUCGCCGCUCCUCCUGGCGGCGGCGGCGUGCUGCUUGCUGGCGGGCACCGCGCCGGCCAAGGUGUGCAACGACCGCACGAAGCGCGGCCAGGACAACAGCUGGUUCGCGCGCGACGGCGAGAAUUUGCCCAUCAUGGUGCUCAUGCCCAUGAACGAGUCGGCGCUGAUGAGCAGCAUCAGCCAGGGCAUCGAGCCCGCCGUGCAGCUGGCCAUCCAGCACAUGCGGGAGUCCCGGAAGUACUCCUUCUCGCUCAUCACCGAAAUCUACGACACUGAGUGUGACAACGCCAAGGGCCUGCGGGCCUUCUUCGACGCCAUCUGCUACGGACCCAAACACCUGAUGAUUUUUGGUGGCGUCUGCCCCUCUGUCACCUCCAUCAUCGCCGAGUCCUUGGAGGGAUGGAACCUGGUGCAGCUGUCCUUCGCGGCAACCACUCCGGUGCUGGCGGACAAGAAAAAGUACCCCAACUUCUUCCGCACGGUCCCCUCGGACAACGCCGUCAACCCGGCCGUGGUCAAAUUCCUCAACUACUACAACUGGAGCCGCGUGGGGACGCUCACGCAGGACGUGCAGAGGUUCUCCGAGGUGAGGAACGACCUCACUAGUGAGCUUGAGAAGGCUGACAUCCAGAUUGCUGACACGGAAAGUUUCUCCAAUGACCCCUGCGUCAAUGUAAAAAAACUCAAGGACAACGACGUGAGGAUUAUCAUUGGCCAAUUUGACGAGAACCUUGCCUCCAAAGUCUUCUGCUGCGCGUACAACCUGAACAUGUUUGGCAGCAAAUACCAGUGGAUUAUUCCUGGCUGGUACCAGGGCAACUGGUGGGAGCAGGCCAACAGCACCAACUGCACCACCAAAAAGCUGCUGACCGCCAUGGAGGGAUACAUCAGUGUGGACUUUGAGCCCCUCAGCGCCAGGCAGAUCAAGGGCAUCUCUGGAAGGACCCCGAAGGAAUACGAGCGCGAGUACAGCAGGGAGCUACGUCAAAAGGGCGUGGAGCCCAGCAAAUUCCACGGUUUCGCCUACGACGGCAUCUGGGUCAUCGCUAAGACCCUGACCCGGGUCAUGGACCUUUUGCGCAUCAAGCAGCGGCAGAGCGGACACCGCAACUUCACCGUGGAUGACCACGAAGUGGGCAAGAUGGUCCUGGACGUCAUGAACGAAACCAACUUCUUCGGCGUCACGGGCCAAGUCAUGUUCCGGAAUGGUGAGCGGAUGGGCACCAUUAAAUUCAACCAGUUUCAAGAGGGCCAGGAAGUGAAGGUGGGCGAGUACAAUGCCAUUGCAGACGUGCUGGACCUCAUCAACAACUCCAUCCGCUUUCAAGGGGUGGAACCGCCCAAAGAUCGGACGUUUGUACGCUUACAGCGACGGCACAUCAAUGUUCCGCUUUACAGUAUCCUGUCAACAAUCACCAUCCUGGGCAUGCUCAUGGCUGGAGCCUUCCUCUUCUUCAACAUCAAAAACAGAAACCACAGACUGAUCAAGAUGUCCAGUCCAUACAUGAACAACCUGAUCAUCCUGGGCGGGAUGCUGUCCUACGCCUCCAUUUUCCUCUUCGGAUUGGACGGCGGCUUCGUAUCCGACAAGGAGUUUGAGACACUCUGCACGGUCCGGACGUGGAUCCUCAUCGUCGGCUACACGACAGCAUUCGGCGCCAUGUUUGCCAAGACCUGGAGGGUCCACGCCAUCUUUAAGAAUGUUAAAAUGAAGAAAAAGAUCAUAAAAGACCAGAAAUUGUUGAUCAUCGUUGGCGGGAUGCUGUUGAUCGACUUAUGCAUCCUGAUUUGCUGGCAGAUUGUGGAUCCGCUGAAGAGGACCGUGGAAGAAUACAGCCUGGAGGCGGACCCUCACGACCGAGACAUCGCUAUCCGUCCCUUCUUGGAGCACUGCGAGAACACCCACAUGACCAUCUGGCUGGGCAUCGUCUAUGCCUACAAGGGCCUGCUGAUGUUGUUCGGCUGCUUCCUGGCUUGGGAGACCAGGAACGUCAGCAUUCCCGCCCUCAACGACAGCAAAUACAUCGGCAUGAGCGUCUACAACGUCGGCAUCAUGUGCAUCAUCGGAGCCGCCGUCUCCUUCCUGACCCGGGACCAGCCCAACGUUCAGUUCUGCAUCGUGGCGCUGGUUAUCAUCUUCUGCAGUACCAUCACGCUCUGCCUGGUCUUUGUUCCUAAGUUUAUCACCAUGAGGACCAACCCGGAUGCCGCCACGCAGAACCGCAGACUCAAGUUCACGCAAAACCAGAAGAAGGAAGACUCCAAGACCUCCACCUCGGUCACCAGCGUCAACCAGGCCAAUACUUCCAGAUUGGACGGCCUUCAGACCGACAACCACCGCCUCCGCAUGAGGAUAACCGAGUUGGACAAGGAGCUGGAGGAGGUGACCAUGCAGCUGCAGGACACCCCGGAGAAGACGCCCUACAUUAAACAGAACCACUACCCGGACGCUAACAACAUCUUAAGCAUACGCAACUUCACCGACGGCAAAGAUGUUGAACGGAGCCUCCUGAAGAACCACCUGGAGCAGAAGCCUCAGGGGCAGUGGGGCUCCAUGGAUCCUUCCAGAAUAACCAGAGGUCCCCUAGAAGACAUCAACUCUCCCGAACACAUCCAGCGGCGUCUGUCCCUGCAGCUUCCCAUUUUACACCACGCCUACCUGCCGUCUAUAGGCGGCGUGGACGCCAGCUGCACCAGCCCCACCGACAGUCCCGGAUCCAGCCCUCGCCACAGACACAUGCCGCCUUCUUACCGGGUCAUGGUGUCGGGCCUGUGAGCGCCACCGUCCCGAGAUCGGCCGACCGCGCCUACACCCCUCCCAAUACACAUACACACAUGUACACAACCGUCUUCUUGUGUGUUGUUUUUUCUACAGCGGACUAACUGAUAGCAUCCGCGCAGAGGAGAGCGACGCUCUUUUUGUGCCUCCCCAAGGAAGCGAGCGGGCGGCCUGUGAGCCAAACCGCCAAACACCCACGACGGCGUCGCCUUAGGGAUCCGCAGUUCUUUAUAAUUGUCCAAUUUGUAAAUAUCAUCGUUUUCGACACAACGCCGGAAAUCGGCGUCCAAAAAGUGAUAAGAUAGUAAAGUUGUGAACUCUUAGCUUAUAUUUUGACUGUUUGACAGGGGUUCUCAAACUCAAAAAAUGGCAGUUUUAACAGAAUUAUGAGAAAUGAAGUCAUAAUUUCAUGAGAUAAAUCCACUAAAUAUUACAACUAGUUUCAAUUAUAUUUAAAAAAUUUUAUCACUAGUAAAUGUCCAAUCCAUUUGAACUAGGAGGGUCGGUCAUUUGCUGCCAACCUUCGUACAAGUGUUGUCAAUGGCUACGUUUAUAUGGAAAAAAAUGUCCUUAAACCGAUGAAAUUUUCUGAUUAAAAUUAUGAUCGGAUGCAGUGUUUUCAUGGACACUAAAAAUAUUGAAUAAAUCAUUUUGAAUGAACAUUGAUAGACGAGCACAUAUUGUUGCGUCUACAAGGACAACGCCAAUUUGGUGGUAACACACACACUCAGCAGGAGAACAUUACAUUAUUUUCAAAUAAUAAUACCUACCUUGACGCCACGAGCUGUUUAUCUAAAAAAAAAAGGGAAAAAAAGUUGUCCGAGAAUUUGAGGACGCUCGCCGUUAACAUUAGCCUAAUGCUAACGCAAACGUGAAUGCUAUGAUAACGCUACGAGUUUCAUUUAGUGUGCGAUGAUCACUCAGCACAGACCUUUAUAGGCUAUAAAAAUAUUGCAUAUUCUCUUGCUAAGAUGAGAAAACAAAUUUUACCAGUAGUGUUUCAAAAUAAGCAAGCCUGGAGAGGACACUGGUGAAUCGGGGUGCAUAGUAGAUCACACGAGUGACACAACCAGACACUGCUACGAUGCAGGCUAACUACUCAUAGCAUUGUGAACAUGUAACAAAAACUAUGACGCAUUUUCAGACACGUUGUCGUUAUAAAAAAAAAAUUCGUUGACAAAGUAUUUUCGUUAUCGUGAUAGUUGUGAAGGAGUCUGGUCUUUUAGCCAGAUUGCCGAAAUCACGCUAGCCGAACCACCGGACCCGCGCUGGCACGGCCCCAACGACCCGGGCCGACGAGACACCAACGACCCGGCCAAAAGGCCAAACUCCACGCGUUCACCUUAGUCUUAACCCCUUGUACUGACUCCAUUUUGAAAGCUGGAAAAAGGCUUCGAAGCACAAGUUGACAAUUUAUCGGGGAUCGUUGAGGGGGAAUGAAGGAGAUUCUCAUAUUUACCGAUCGACUGUUUGUAUUACUCUAACACACUUAAUAUAAUCAAUCAGGGAAUAGUGUCUUUUCUCGUAUUUACUGUUUGACUUUGUAUUACUCUAACACUCCCAAUAUAAAAUAAAUAGCACUUAUACCAUAGUUUAAGGAAAACAAGCAGAAUAUAGGGCAUAAGAGAUACAUGAUGCCUUCUUAUCAAGGAAGCCCAAUGUUUACGUAAUGCAACUGACUGAGCAAGAUUGACGCUGACAAGCCCACGUCUGCACAACCAACUCUCGCAAUCAGUUCUCCCGGACAGUCCAAAACAAAUGGCGGGACACCGGAGAACGCCCGGUAUCCAACUGAUAACACGAGUGAUAAGACUCCAAGAGCCCCUUUGACGCCGAGGUGGCAAAAUCUACAACCCUCGUUGGCCUGACAACAGUAACUCCUGAAUCCUCCUGUCCAAUCCACAAACAGACGAUCCUAAACAAGGCCCAGGUUCCACUAAUCAUUGUAUUUUUUUCACGGGAACUUUUUGUGAUAUGGUGACCCUGAAUCCUCGCCUGGGUCCCUCUGUGUUGUAAGAUCGCCGUCGACCUGAAUAAAUUGUCAACUUCGAAGCUUUUUUCCAGCUUUCAAAUGGAGUCAGUGCAAGGGGUUAAGACUCAGGUGAACGCUCGGAGUUUGGCCUUUUGGCCGGGGUGUCGGAUUUCGCCGGCCCUGGUCGUUGGAGCCGGCGCAGGUCCGGCUGGCGUGAUUCCAGCAGUCUGGCUAAAAGGUCAGAUUCCUUCAUUAAGGAAAACAACACUGCUUCCAUAACAACAAAACUUCGCUGAGUCCAUUUCAACAACUCUUAAAAAAAUAAUAAUAAUAAUAUUAAUAUCUAGAAUAUUGCGAACGGCGUGUGUACAUGAAGCGUUUCUACUCCGAUCAAGGUUUUUAAUCCGAAUAAAAGUGUCCAUGUAAACGUAGUUAAUGACUUUAGAAAAAAAUAAUGCAAGAAAAAUCAUAAUUGGUUCAAAUUUAUCAUUCUGCAGGACCCCAAGAGUUUGAGACCCCCUGUAAUAAGAAACACCACACCUUCAAGGCUCGUGGGAAUUUCCAGCGUUGUCACCGCGAUCAUAUUGAUCCCCGAACACCUCGGGAGGUAGGUGAGGUCCUCCCGCUUGUUUUUUUUCCCGCCAAGGCGUCGCCAAGAGGCUCCGAGAGUCAAAGCACACUCUUCAAGCCUCCGUUGCUAUGGAGACGUCUCAUUUUAGUUUGCUUCUUGGGAGCAAAUUUAUUAUUGUUUUUGUUUUUUCUUCACCAUCGGUGUCUUGGUUUUUAGUUUUUUUUUGUUUUUUUGUAAAAGGCGUCCGUCCGAGCGCUGUGCCUGUUGUCUUCUACACUCACCGUCGUCGUGGCGCUAACACACACACACACGCACACUCAUCCGGGACGUGUACGUCCUUCCUUCAUCGAGCAGAAACUGGACUCGGUUCUGACUCUGCAACAACAACAAAAAAGGAGCAGUAAAUGAACUUUCCACUGCACAGGAGUGGCAAAUAAUAAUAAUGCAGAGACGCUGAACAAAAUCCAAGCUGACAUUUUCUAUUCUGUGACAUUCUACGUGAUUGUGUACUGAUACCUUGAGCACAGGUGUCCAUGGAUGGUUUUUUGGGUUGUUAUUUUGUUUUUUAAUUUAAUUGUUGGGGUGUUUUUCCUCAAGACGGCAUGAAAUCAAAUGUAGACUUCGCACCGAUGUUAUCUGCUGCUCGUCCUCGUGACGUUCCCGGUAAUGGGGGAAAAAAAGCUCUUUUUUUGGAGUCGUAUGAACGGGUGAGCAGACAGACGUAAAGCAUUCAUCAUUGUCACUGCUUUUUCUUACAUAUCCGGCAAAAAAAAAGUUCAUCUUUUAUGUUAACACAAUUUGUCCGUGAAUUUAUUUUGGGCAUUUUUGUUCUAAAAAUGAUGGAGUAUUAUAGAGCCGCACUGAAAAGGAGGGAGAAAAAUAACACAUGUUGAAUAUUACAUGGGAAUAAAAUUGGGCUUUCCAGGGAAAAUAUGGUUAACCUACUUGAUUGAGGGGGGAAAAAAAUAAACAACUUUUUUUUCUUUUCUUUUAAAUGUAGUCUUACAAAGCUGUAUCUAAAGAAAUAUUCUUCGAUAAAAAAUACAAGAAUCAAACAUUUAUUGAAGUUAUUGAUUUCAAAUUAAAACGAAAAGUUGAUUUCAGACAUUUGAUUCAAUACCACUUUUUAGGACUCAAACUAUACUGCAAUGGGAGUGCGCCAUCUUCGGCACCCCUCGAUUCGAUUACGAUUCGUGGUACUAUGAUUCGAUUAUUGAACGAUGAUUACGGUAUUGACGAUGAUCAUGGUUAUCAUGAUUAUCGAUGCAUCGUACAUUACUAAUAAAAUAGCGAAACAAAUUUAUGUCCAUUAUUUAUUUCAAAUAUCCUAAUGAUUCAACAGAAAUGAUGCAAACAUGCCCAUACAACAAAAAGCUGCCCUUAAGCUGCUUUUUUGUUUUUGUUUUUUU